GUUUGUUGAUGUCCAGAUAAAGUUCAAAAGUAAUAGGGUGUCGAGCGCGUCCACCCUCACUUUUCUUCACCCACAAUCCAUCCAUCGCGAUGCCCCGUAAAGCCGCUGCGCCCGCCGCGCCUGCAGAUGAUUCCGUGCCCACUGGCACCACCGCAGCAGCCAUUGAUGGUGACGCUCAUCCUGCACGUCGUUCAUCCCGCCUUGCUGGUCGGGACAAGCCCCCGGCGCCCAAGAAGGCUCCCGCGAAACCGCGGGGGAGGAAACCUAAACCUACUGCAGACGCCGACGACCAGGAUGGUGAAGCUGAAGUUAAACCCAAGUCUGCCAGGGGAAAGAAGCGUACUGCUGCUGAGAAAGCUGCAGAAGAGGGCGCUCAGCCAGAGGAAGAAGAGGCCCCCGCUGCCAAGAAGGCUAAACCCGAAUCUAAGGCUGCGUCGAAGCCUGCAUCCAAGGCCGCUUCGAAGCCAGCCUCCCAGGCAGCACCCGUAAAACCAGCCUCCAAGGCUGCGAAACCUGUGUCUCGAGCAUCCGCCAAACCACUUUCAACUACUGCCAAGAAACCUGCUUCAAGAGCGGGCUCCAAGAAGCCUGUAUCUAGGGCUGAAGCCCCAACAAAUGAGAACGAAGCCCCAGCCCCCGCUGCCGAGACUAUCGCUGAAGUGCCAGAGGAAGAAGAAGCUGCUACUGAACCUCCAGCUACCGAAACAGCCGUGAGUUUUUUUCUUUUCUUUUUUCUUCUCGUUAGUGUUUAGAAUGUCAACAAUAUGAUUUUUUAGGUUUGACUACCCCCCAUCCUGUAAUCACCCAUCCGCGGUGAUGGAUGUUUCCCGCUAUAUCCGCCGCAGACAAAUGUAUCUUCUUCCUAUCAUUAUCUGCUAUCACCCAUUUGUAUCCCUGUCUUCUCCCCAGCCCUCUCGAACACAGAUCGCGUUCCCUCGCCGUAUUGUCCGUAAUUUCGUUGUUGCUAUCCUUCACCCUUAUUUUCAACCUGUUUCAACGAUUUCCAUCUUCAACCUUCUAGACCAUGGCCGUACACUCUUGUCGGAUGGAAGC